CUAAAACAUUGUUUAUUUCUACAUAAUUAAACUAUUUAAGCAUUACUGCUGAAGUAAUCACAUUAAGGCUAAUUCUAGUAGGAUUUAAUAACACUGUACAUGCUCAUGUAACACCAUGUUUCUUACUUAGCCUGAAAUACUAGCUAACUGAAUUAGCCUCCAUGCUAGUCACCAUGUGUUUAUUGUUUUUUAAUUCAGUUGAAUUCUUGUUAAUUUCACUUUAAGGAUGUGAUGAUGCCAGAAAAUGUUUUUGUCCUGAAUCAAACAUCAAGACUGAGAUGUAGCUUCAGUAGUUAAAGAUUAACCUUUAACCUGUUUGGGACUGCACACUUGAUGUCAGUGUGUGUGUGUGUGUGUGUGUGUGUUUUCUCCUUCUGGGUAAAAUGUGGAACAAAACUGCAGGAAUUUUGUUGCUAAACUGUUGUAGAGUUCAUCAUUCCCUCAGGGCAGGUCACAUGACCAGUGUUGCACAACUUCAACUACAGCAUGAAUGGAGCACAUGGUCUUGAAGUGUUGCUGAUAUGUCACAUUUUCUUGGUCUCGUGCAUCAUAUUCAUGUCCUGAAUCUGGCUGUGAAGGGUUUCGAGCUAUUUGUGCCGGUGGAGUUUGAGGAUGUUCACACAGAGGACACAGAGUUUAACGGUGUUCGUGUUCGCCUGUACACACCUCAACACCGAGACGACACUCUGAGACGCGCUGUAGUGUUCAUCCACGGGGGAGGGUGGGCUCUCGGGGCACCCAAGCUGGGAUCCUAUGAUGUGCUGUGCAGGAAGAUGGCGUUCAAGCUAAACGCUGUGGUCGUGACAGUGGAUUACCGUAUGGCCCCGAAUGUCCGUUUCCCUGUGCAGUAUGAGGAGUGUGUGCAGGCGGUACGUCACUUCCUGCAGCGUGACGUGUUGGCGUAUUACUCUGUGGAUCCGCAGCGAGUUGCUGUGUGUGGUGACAGCGCAGGAGGAAACCUUGCUGCUGCAGUCUCACAACAGAUUGGCCAGGAAAGCGGAAGUGAUGAUGAUGAUGAUGAUGUGAGGAACCACAGUGAUAAUACUGCAAACAACAGCAACGAUAAUGCAAGGAACAGCAGUGGAGGUGGUGGGGUAAAAUUGAAGCUACAGGUGUUGAUCUAUCCUGUGCUUCAGGCUCUGGACUUUAAUACCGCAUCCUAUCAGCAGAACUGGGGAGUUCCAAUCUUGUAUCGUGACCUGAUGGUCCGGUACUGGCUGGAGUAUCUGGGUGCGGAUGCAUCCCUGCUCCACACAAUCCUCCUGAACAACCACACAGCACUGGACGAGUCUCGAGUCAACCCUCACCGCUCUAAAGUCGACUGGACCCUGAUGAUCCCUGAGCACAUGCGCAAACAAUACACCGCGAUCUUCCCACGGACCGGUUCGCCCUCCGUUCUGCAGGACAUCCCUGCCAUACUGGACCCACGAGCUGCUCCGCUGCUAGCCGAACAGGAAAUAUUACAGAUGGUACCACGUGCUUACAUCGUGACGUGCGAGCAUGAUGUGCUGAGGGAUGAUGGAACGAUGUACGUCCGGCGUUUAGAGAACGCCGGCGUCUCAGUCACACAUCGUCACUAUGAUGACUGCUUUCAUGGCUGUGUGAGCUUCGCCUUCUGGCCAUCGUACUUCUCUGUGGGGAUACGAAUCAUAGACGAUUACAUCGCCUGGCUUCACACACACCUGUAGAUGUUCCGGUGUUUACCUGCACACACACAUUGACCCUCAGCAUAUCUGUGAAGAAAUGUUGCUUUUAUUAUUGUCUUUCACAGAAUAAACAGCAGUGGCGCUGAAGUGAUGAAGCACAUUUCCAUACCUGCAAAAAUGCUUAAAUAUUAGCACUUGACUUUAUUACACAUGUGAAGCUUUAUAUUAAAUACAUAUAAAAUAUAAUAUUUUCUUCAAUACACUCCCCCCAAAAAUCACCCCAAGCCAUCACCUGGUCUCACCUUGUCUCACCCUGUAAACCUCUCUUUAGAGAUCCUCUAUGAAUGUCUGACUUAGUCCCACCCUCUAAUUUCUCUCUCUCUCUCUCUCUCUCUCUCUCUCUCUCUCUCUCUCUCUCUCUCUCUCUCCUCUCUCUUUCACUCCUUCCACCUGGUCUUUCACCGAAGCAUUGCCCCCCUCUUGUGAAAUCCACAGCGUUGGACAGUAAUGAAGUAAAUGUCAUUUGUUUCUGUA